AGCUAUGGUGUUUUUGGGCAAAAAAAAAUCCAUUUUUGUCUGUUAUGGGAAAGGCUAUUUACAGAAACCCACUUGCUACAACAAAUAAUGAUGCUGUUAGUCUAACCAGUAAAGUCAUCUAGAAAUCCAUUUCCCAAUUCAACAAGAUGCAGCAUGGUUACGGGCAUGGAAAGGUCAUCCUCACUCGGGUUCUCGUUGCCUCCUUCUUGGGGAUUGCCACCGCCGCUGCUACAAAAUAUUUCCGGAAAAGGUCGAAAGCUAGAAGGGAUGCACUAAACAUCAUCCCAAAGCUGGACAGGACAGAAUCUGGUCGUGUUGGAAAUCUUGAAAGAUUCUCUCACUAUGUUGCUAGGCAACUGGGAUUUACAGAUCCAAAUGAGUGUGCACGGCUAUGCAAGUUGGCUUAUGAUUAUUUAAGGAAAUCCAAGGAUUGUGAGGCUAACAUCUACGAAUAUUUUGCUAAUGAAGCUAAGGCAGAGUCUCUGUAUGUGAAGCUUAUAGAAGAGUUUGAAAGAUGCAUCCUCUGUUACUUUGCCUUCCAUUGGACUCAGGUUUCUCAUUUGAUCACUCAGGUGAUCAACGAUGAAUCAGAGAAGAAGCCAAAGCUGAAAGACUUUGUAAUGGCAGCCACAAGGAAACAAAGAUUUGAUAGGGUGACCAAGGACUUAAAGGUGACAAGGGUAUUCUCUACGCUGGUGGAGGAGAUGAAAGCAAUCGGCAAGGGUGAUUCACAGAGUUCAGAUUUGAUGGUGCCGAUGGCCCUGAGUGAGAGAAGUCCGGUGCUUCUCCUUAUGGGUGGUGGUAUGGGUGCUGGCAAGAGCACUGUCAUCAAAGAAAUUCUCAAAGAGUCAUUCUGGUCAGGAGCAGCACCGGUAAUAGUAGAGGCUGAUGCAUUUAAAGAAUCAGAUGUUAUUUACAGAGCCAUAAGCGCUAUGGGUCAUCACGAUGACUUGCUUCAAACAGCUGAAUUGGUGCACCAAUCAUCAACUGAUGCUGCAUCAUCUCUGCUAGUUACUGCGUUGAACGAAGGUAGAGAUGUGAUCAUGGAUGGUACACUCUCAUGGGAGCCUUUUGUUGACCAGACGAUUGCAAUGGCACGUAACGUGCACAAAAACAGGUAUCGAAUGGGAAUCGGAUACAAGGUGGUUGAGGAUGGAACCAUUAUUGAAAAUUACUGGGAAAGAGAGGAAGAUGAAAUUCAGGAAAGGAAACCAUACAGGAUAGAGAUGGUUGGAGUUGUUUGUGAUGCUUAUCUUGCUGUUGUUAGAGGCAUCAGGAGAGCCAUAAUAACCAGAAGAGCUGUGAGGGUUGGUUCACAGUUGAAGUCCCACCAGAGAUUUGCUGCUGCAUUUCCAAGAUACUGCGAACUUGUUGACAAUGCCAGGCUAUAUUGCACCAAUGCAGUGGGAGGACCACCUACGUUGAUAGCGAGGAAAGACGCAGACAGCAAGUUGCUAAUUGAUCCAGUAGAUAUCAAAUGCUUGACAAAUGUGAGCAGUAUAAACUCUGAUGCAGAAUCUAUCUACGAGCUUUAUUCUGACCCUUCCCCAAUAUACGAAUCCGGCACGGUUUGGAAAGAUAUCAUCUUGGCCCCUUCGAGAUCUGCCCUGCAAUUAGAGCUCAAAAUGGCAAUUCAAAUGAUUGAAAACCCGCCAUCUGCAAACACUUGUAGCUUGAAGUGAUCCAGUUUUGAAAAACCCAGCCUCAAAUUCUUUUAACUCGUGAAUUCUAAUUUUGUGAA